ACAGAACAGCCUCUUAUGCUUGCUGAUAAUACAUAUGCCGACGUACGCAGAUUCAUAAGAAAAGACUCUUCUGAUUUUUUUAAUGUGUCAGAGGGAGAGUAUGUCACUUUUGUCUGCCCUGGUUCCUACAAUUAUGUGUCCGGUGUAAACGUAUCGUGCUACUCUCCACCAGAAACAGACGUGUUAAUUCUUAAGUCGCCAGGAACAUGUGGAUCAAAUACAACUAUCAUCGAAGUGGGUUACACUAUUCCUCCUCCCUUAUCUGUAUUCCUGAAAUUGUAUGAAGUGUGCUACGACCCUGUCAUGUUGAAUCCU